AUGUAUACCACACCAGAAGUAACAUCGACAACAAUUUGUGACCCGCGAGAGUCCUCGCGGUCAGUCAAGUACUAUCGCAUUCAUCCGGGAAAAAAUCGAUUCUGUUGUGGCGGGCAUGGAGUUCAUUCACGAGAAAUGGGAGUUUUCUAUCUCACCCUGUUUCUACUCGUUGGAGUCACAGUUCUAUUCAUGGUUUUUGAAGCGCGAUUACUGACUCCAAUUCUCACACCCGCUGUGCCGUUUUUUGCUGCACUGCUGUUCCUCUACGUUUUGCUCACAUUUCUUCGAGCUGCAUUCACCGACCCCGGCGUGCUCCCACGUGCAACCAAACUGGAGUCAGACUGGAUAAAAAUAUCGAUCGCGACCGGGGAUAUGCCUAUGGAUGGAUUAGGAAAUGAUUCCCAACAGCCAGUCGUUCGACCGUAUCCGAUCGGAGCGCAUACACGUCAAAUUCUGGUCCGAGACCAUUUGGUCAAAUUGAAUUUUUGUCACACGUGUCGGUUUUUUCGUCCACCCCGCGCCUCGCACUGUUCCACAUGCGAUAAUUGUGUGGGUACGUUUCCCGGGGACUUGUUUUUCCAUUGA